AUGGCCUCCAUCAAGCUAUUUGAAUCAAUUCCCCCAUUCCCAAGUACCAUUCCUGUUGCCAAACUCCUCAAAAUCUCUCUAUCUAGCCUCAUAUCUGGCGACCCAGACGCCGCUCAGGAUGUCCUCACAGCAUGCCGCACAUCGGGCUUCUUCCACCUCGAUCUAUCCAACUCCCCACUGGGCGAAGCCAUGAUGCCACUUGUCGACUCCAUCUUCCCCACCAUUCAUGAGACCAUGCAACUCCCACUAGAAGAAAAGAUGAAAUACACACAAGACGCCCCGAGAAGCUUUCUAGGCUACAAAGGCCUCGGCGUCAUGAAAACCGAAUCAGGGGCCCCCGACCGCUGCGAGUUCUGGACCAUCUCCCAAGACGACAUCCUCGGGACCACUGCCCCGGAACAGCCGAUGCCCUCCUGUCUCAGCACGCAACGGGGGUUAUUCAAAGCCUAUUUGUUCUACGGCCGCAGCGUGAUCGAACACAUUUUCCACGCCCUAGCGACGCAGCUCCGUCUCCCUGACGACGCAUUCACUCAGUUCCACGAUCCAGCACAGGAAUCGGGGACGAUUCUCCGGCUUAUGCGGUAUGCACCGGGCACUCAAGAUGAAGAGGAUCAAAUGCAGACGGGACUACUGGCACAUACGGACUUUGGAAGUAUCACGCUCCUGGUGAAUGUUUUGGGCGGGCUACAGGUUCUCAAUCGAGCUGGGGAUUGGGAAUGGGUCCGGCCGGAGCCGGGAUGUUUGAUUGUGAAUAUGGGGGAUGCGAUGGUUGAGUGGACUGGGGGUGUGUUGAGGUCCAAUAUGCAUCGGGUGUUGUGUGCGCCUGGGGAGCAGGCGGGGUUGGAUAGAGUCAGUUUUGCGAUGUUGGUGAGGCCGUGCAAGGAGGCUAGGAUGGAGAGGUUGGUGGGGGGCUAUAUUCCGAGUGUUGAGAGUGACGGCGAAGAGGGUGUGGUAGCAGUUGGGACUGGGGGUGGGGGAAUGACGGCUUGGGAGUGGGAGUUGAAGAAGGCGAUGGCACUGAAGGAGGGGAAGGACUGUGCUAGGAGUCGUGGGGGCAGAGAUCUUGUAAUUUAG